UCCUCAUACGGUUUGUUUUAUUCUGAAACCCUCCCAGAAGUCGGUGUGUUUUAUUCUGAAAACCCUCCCGGAUGUGCGUGUGUUUCCCACCAGCUUGACGCCGGUCUGAGCAGCGCUCCGGAUCCUCUGGAAAUAAACAACACUUUGGUCCUCUUCCAGCCGGUAAACCGCCUAUCAUGAGAGAUAGGGGGAUCUAACGGACACUAGCGGAACCACGGGGCUUGAACAGCCAUGUUAACUCGCCCGAUGAACGAGAGUGCUGGCAGGGGGCGGGGCCUGGCAGAAGUGACUCCGCCCCCUCAUCUCCCAUUGGUUGAUGAGACACGAACAGUUUCUCCUGCAGGAGUUUUUCCUUUGGUGCCUCCCUGGAGCUCCUCUCCCUCCUUCCUCUCCUCUCCUCAUCCUUUAACUCCUCCCUCCUUCCUCUCUUCCCCUCAUCCUCUAACUCCCCCCUCCUUCCUCUCCCCCCCUCGUCCUUUAAAUCCUCCCUCCUUCCUCUCCUCCCCUCGUCCUCCUUCUUUCAUUUCUGCUCUUCUUCAUCACCACUCUUCUCCUCACUUUUCUCGUCCUUCUGUCUUAUUGAAUCAAUAUCCUCCUCCAUCUUCUCCUGCUGUUUCUCCUCCUGCUUUAGUUCCUCCUCCUCCAUCCUUCCAUUCUGCUCUUUGUCCCCCAGUUCCUCCCCCAGUUUCUCCUCCAGUUUCUCCCCCAGUUCCUCCCCCUCCUCCUCCUGUUUCUCCCACAGUUUCUCCCCCAGUAGUUCCUCCCCUAUGCUGCCCCUGCUCCUCCCUCCUCCCCCGCCUCCUCUCGGCUCACAGGAUGGAGGUGCGUCGCCUCCUCAGAGGAGCGAUGGUGUCCCUGGGCCGGCGGCUCGACUCCCUGGAGAGGAAGAGGAAGAGGAGAAGGAGGAGUAGCCUGAGGAGAGAAGAGGGAGGAGCCUCAUGUAGCUACACCCACCUACAACCUAUGCCCUCAUCAUCUAGUUGCAAGGAAUCCCCGCCCCUCUCCUCUCUAAGCCAAUCAGAAGAGAGAAGGAUGAGAGGAGGAAAAGAGGGAGGGGGCUCCUCAUGUAGCCCCGCCCAGCUGCCACCUGUGGCCUCAUCAGACACUGAGGACACCCCACCCGUCUCCUCUCAGAGCCAUUCGGAGGAGAGUUGGAGGAGAGGAAAAGAGGGAGAAGCCUCCCCAUGUAUCCCCGCCCAUCCGCACCACUACCCUCUGAGCCAAUCAGAAGAGAGGAGGAGCCUAAUAAAGGAGGAGGUGAGGGGGAGGAAGAGGAAGAACCACCAUAGAGGAAGAGAGCAGAAAAGAGAAGAGGAGGAUGCUGGGAGAUUUGUAGGGCGCAUGGUGGUCUCCUUCAGACGAAGAAGAGGGGAAGAAGAGGAGGUGCCAAUCACUCUGCACAAAUUCAACCACAGGAAACAAAGAAGGAAAGAGGAGGGAGAAACCGGCCAAUCAGAGAAGGCCUUCAGUGUCGUCAGGCAGAAUGGUUUCAGAGUGCUGCCACACAGCUCCUAUUCCCAGCAUGCCUUGCACAUCCUGCAAUCAACCCACAGCCAAUCAGAAGCACUGAACAUCUCUUCAGGCCAAUGGCGUUUCUCUGACCUCAUCUCCAUCUCCUCCAAUCACUGCGCUCUGCACAUAUGGAGCUUAUGCUCCUCCUCUGCUACCUGUUUUAGCUCCGCCCCCAUGCUGCGUCUUUCAGCGGUUGCCGUGGAGACGCUGUCACAGUCUGUGAGGGGCGGGGCUUAUGGGAGCCCCACAGCAGCGCCUGAAGGACUGGACGGCCCCACCCAGUCUUGGAUCUGACCACUGCUACAUGAGAAAGCCUUCACCAAGCCCAAACUUUUCUGCCCGGCGACAUCAGAAGCAGCGAACGAAUCACAGCUCUCGGAGCCUGCACCUCCCCCGGCGGCGGGCUCAGCCCCUCGCCCUAUGUUCAGCCAAUGGACUGCCUGCUUCGCUGGCCAUCGACCAAUCAGCAGCGAACACCGACUUCCUCAACACAGCUGGCCAGCGCGCUAAGCGAGUCUCUCAGAUAAGAAUCCGCCGCGCCUCGCCGAGGGAAACGCCGCUCACUCCCAUGGGCCUGCCGAAGGCUAAAAGGUUAAAGAAGAAGGAUUUCAGUCUGGAGGAAAUUUACACCAACAAGAACUACAAGUCCCCCUCCACCAACAGAAGUUUGGAGACGAUCUUCGAGGAGCCGCGGGAGAAGGAUGGAGCGCUGCUGCUGAUUGGCCAGCAGAGGAGGCGCAGGCUCCUCCUCUUUCCUGACUUCACUCAGCCUCGGAAGAGGAAGAGGCCGCAAGGGACGGGACUUCCUGUUGCCAGGAAGCGGACGGCAGCUCGGCGUCACGGUAGCGGCGCAGACGACGACGCGGACUCAGAUGUGAGGCUGGUGCAGCGACUGAGCGCGCUUGAAGACUUCCUGACACGUCAGGGCCUGGAGGUGUGACAUCACUUCCUGUCAGCUGAUCUGAGCCCUAGCACACAGUACUGCUAGCACGCUGCUGCCGUGUGCCUCUACUUUACCGUGGACACACUGCUACGUUACCGCGGGGUUACCGUAGAAACGCUGUUUAGUUGAAGGGGUUUCUGCAGUGAUCUCUUUCUUUUGUUUUUGGACGAUUACAAUUUUUGAAAUGUGAAAUAUUUAAUGUUUUUAAAGUGUGUGACCUGCAGAGGGGGGGGGGGGGGGGGGUAUUUCCUCUUUCAGUGAAAUAUGACAGACAUGAUAAAUAUGAUUGAUACUGCCUUCAGAGCGCAGAUUCACUACGGUUAUCUUUUAUUACGUUCAUAGGAAACCUUUUGUACCGCCAGGAGAACUGGUCCAUCAUGA